CACUUCACAUGGUUAAAGUCAAAAACGCGUGCAAAGUGAUUUAUUGUGAAAAUGAAUUUAUUAUUAUUUAUAUUAAUGGCUUUUUAUAAAGACAAAUACAAUAAUAGAAAGGAAAUUUGUUAUAUAAACAUUGUGUAUACAAUAAAACCGCCAUAAAAACAAUUAUAGUUUGAUAAUAAUCGCAUAUAUUAUAAAAAUAAUAUAGAAACAUAACCUCAAAAACAAAACAAAAAUGGAAAAAACAAAAAUUAAACUACUUCCGAAUGGGACCAUCGAAUGAGAUGAAUAUCGAGGUGGAAAUAAUAUUUCAAAUUUAUUGAAAUCUUCUUUUGAAUUUUUCGUCGAAUGACAUUGAAAAUCGUUACAUAUGAUUAUUUUCAUUAAAGAAAAUAUUAAAUUGUGGGAAAAAAUCUCAGAAUGAAAUCAUCGCUUCGCCAAAUGAAGGCAUUUAUGAAGGGUCGUAAUAUUAUGCAAAAAACGAGACCCCUACAUUUUUGGAAUAAUUCAACGUCGAGUAGUAUUCUCAAGAGGAAAAUUAGAUUUGUGCUCUAGUUCAAAAAAGUCUCAGAAGGGAAAUUUGGUUUUUUUUUUUUCGUGUUGCCUCCAUCAAUUCGUAUGGCGACAAUUCAAAAACAAUCGACUUGGACUCAAUGUCGUAAUAAGAAAAAAAAUCACUUAAAUAAUAUUGAGUGAUUGAAAGAAAUUUUUCUUUCCUUGAAUUUUUUUUUUUUGUCUGUUAUAACGAAUUCAAUUUCGUUGAGACAAUUCUUGUUUUUUUUCUGUAAGAGGAAAACAAAAAAAAAAUUAAUAAUACGAAAACGUAUUAAUUUAGAGAGAAAUUUUUCGAUUUUCCUUUUUUUUUUCGUCAUUAUGGAGGCUUCUGCUGUUCCACAUUUAGAACAAGCGGCAUCUACCGCAUGUUCUAUGGCAACGACUUUUCUUGCACCGGUGAAAACAGAAAGGCAAAUUUAUGAAAAUUCAAUGCUCGAAGAUGAUCCGAAUGCCAAUUCGGUUAUUACCAAUUCAAUUGAGGAUCAAGAUGAUAUGAUAACACCCAGAUGGGGACCUAGUCAUAGAGGAGCUCAGGAAUUAGCAAAUUUGUACAGUACAGGUAAAAGAACACAAGAAUGCAUAUGUCUUGGAAUUUGUAUAACAUUAAUGGCUGUCAAUUCAUUUUUUAUUCUCGUACGAAUAAGAUUGGAAAAUUUAAGUUCAAUUGCCAUAGCAGCAUUAUGCGGUGUCGUUACUGCUGAUUUUGCCUCUGGUUUUGUUCAUUGGGCAGCUGACACAUGGGGCUCUGUCGAAUUACCAAUUUUAGGAAAAAAUUUUAUAAGACCUUUUCGGGAACAUCAUAUUGAUCCCACAAGUAUAACUAGACACGAUUUUAUAGAAACAAAUGGUGACAAUUUUAUGGUCACGAUACCAUUUUUAUGUAAAAUGACAUGGGAUUUUCUCACCCUCUCGGAAUCGGAAAUCCAGAUGCGAUUUGUCUGGACAUGUUAUUGGUUUCAACUUGCCAUUUUUGUCGCAAUGACAAAUCAGAUACAUAAAUGGUCACACACUUAUUUUGGACUUCCUGGAUGGGUCGUUUGGCUACAGGAACAUCGUGUCAUUUUACCAAGAAGACAUCAUCGUGUACAUCAUGUGGCACCACAUGAAACAUAUUUUUGCAUCACCACCGGCUGGUUAAAUUGGCCAUUGGAAAAACUACAAUUUUGGUGCACACUCGAGAUAAUAAUCGAAAAAACAAUAGGCUGUAAACCAAGAGCUGACGAUAUGAAAUGGGCGCAAAAGCGUUCGUGAGAAUAACAAAAAACAAAAAAAAAAGGUAAAUUAAUCAUAUUUUUUAUCUCGACUUUUACAUGUUUAGAAAAAAUAUUAUAUAUAAAUAUUUAAAGCACCGCAACAAAAAAGACACACACACAAAAAAAAAACUGACUAUGAGAAGAAGUAAGAAAAUUAUUUUGGUUAUUCUUUAUUAUUUUUAAUUUCCAUAAUCAUUUUUAAAUUGUUUUUUUUAAAUAUCAAAUUUAAAAAAUAUAAUUUUUGUAUAAAAAAAAAAGAAUGGUAAAAUUUUGUUUUUUUCUCAAAUGAAAAAAUACGUGAUAUAUAUAUUUUUUUUUUGCACGUUGAAAGCGAAUAAAUGAUGUGCGAUGUGAAUGGGCUUUUUUGAAUUUUACAAGUUUAUAAAUAUUUACCUACGCGCAGAAAUAUAAACAAUAAUAAAUGUAAGAGCGAUUUUCGGGGGGGGUUUUUUUUUAUAGAUUAAUAUUUUUAAUAAUAAAUAUUAAAAAUUGUAUAUUAAAUAUAAAAGUUUGCUUGUGGACAAUAUUGUCAAUACUGUGGUUUACUUGGCCUUGGAAAAAAACGACUAUUUCUAAAAUUAAUUAAAUUAUUUAUUAAAAACAAACAAAAAAAAAACACUGCAAAUUCUUGUAUUUAAUUUUAAGAUGUCAGCACACUUUUUUUCUACUAGCAGACUCUCAAGAUAAAUUAUAAUAAGCACAAGCACUCGACGACAAAAUAAAUUUUUAAGACUAAGAUUUAAAAUAAUGAAAAUUUUUUUGUAUAUAAUUUCUUUUUCCUAUUUUUAUAAUGGAAAACUAAUGACUAAUUGUUUUUUUUUUCAACAACGAGUAGAUUCAAAAAUCAUUUUCACAGGAAUAACAUGUUUUAUGUUUUUCUUGUGAGAAUUUUUGUACAUUAAACUGUAAAGCACAUUAAUAUUUACAUAUUCACAGAAAUUAUUUGCAAAUAUUUAAGCUUUUAAUUAUAUUUUAUACAAAAUUAUCAGCGAAUUAUUUUUACAAUAAUAAGCCUCAAUAAACAAAAUAAAAUUCCCUGAACCUUUACAUAUAUUUAAAAAGAACAAAAAAAAAAAGAAAUUUUCUACAAUAUUUUUUUCUUGUAUAUUAAAAUUAUUAUUGUAUUAAUUACAAGAAGUUAUGAAAAAAAAAAUUUUUUUAAAUAAACGAUAUUGUAAAGGUGAAUUUUAUUUUUGCGAUUGAAGGAUAAUGAAAAAAAUAAUUUAUGUAUACUCAAUUGCCUCGAGUUAUUUGCAAUAUAUAAAAUAUAAAAAAAAAUAUUUUCUCUCAAUUCAAUAUUUAGAAAUGUAAAAAAGAAAGACUUUUUUUUGGCAAUCUAAAAUUUAAUGCAAAAUUAAAAGUAUUUUUUCUAUAUUGAUAUCUCGAGACUAUUUUUUAUAUAAAUACGCAUUAGAUUGCAUAAAAGUCUUGAAAAAAAAAAAUUGUUUUAUUUUUAAAUUUUAAAUUUUCUAAAAUAACUCGUGGCAGAAAAUUAAAAUGCGAUUAAUCUAAACCACUAAAGAUUACGUACAAUUUUGCCGGUUCAGGGACCAAAGAUAGAGCCUAUUAAAUUAUUACACCAGAAAAAAAAGUCGUAGUUUCAAUUAAAUUAAUUUCAAAUUAAAAUAAAAUAGUAUUUCAACGAAUAUUUUUUCAUUAUAAUUAAUUAUUAUUUUGAUUAUUAAGUAUAUAUUUAUAAUUUAAUUUACAAAAGAUUAGAAAAAUAAAAAAAAUUAAUACUGACAAAA